AGUUGUCUAGCACACGUGCUCUAGAACACCUCACCAGUCACUUGUUCGCUCAACACCGCACCCACAUACACAAUGAGCACCGGUCGUGGCGGUCGAGGCGGCCGUGGUGGAUUCAGUGGCCCUCCGCGGGGAGGUGGAGGUGGCCGUGGUGGAUUCAGUGGCCCUCCGCGGGGAGGUGGAGGUGGCCGUGGAGGCUUCGGAGGUGGGCCUGUAGCUGUCUUUGGUAAUGGCACGUUUCCUCAGCCGGACCCAGAGGUCACCAAGCUCGAGGACGCGUCGACGAAGAUGGAUUUGUCCGCCCAGAUGUCCGACCUCUCUGUCGCGGAUCGUCUGCCUCGCCGGCCUGGAUACGGCACUCUUGGCAAGAAGAUUGUCCUUUGGGCCAAUUACUUCCCGUUGACUCCCGCUGAUAAGUCACCAAAGUACCUUUAUCGGUACAGCGUGGCGUUCCAGCCUGAGGGAACGGCCACCCCGAAGCCGAAGAAGAAGCGCCUCAUUGAGAUGCUUCUCUCACAGCCACCAUUCCAGGGGACUACGGCUGCAAGCGAUGGGGCUCAAAUCAUUAUCACAACGGACAAGGUGACACUCAACGGUCGCCAAUCAUUCGACCUUGUCUGGCACGCGCAGGGCGCCGAACCAAUUCCUGCACCCACGGCCGGUGAACCCCCAGCACGAGCGGCAGCCCGAAAGCGCAACUUGCGGAAGCUUCUGGUGGAAGAGCUGCCCCCUGUGUCUGUCGGAGAUCUGCUGAAGGACAUUUCCUUCCAAGGUGGUGGCGGAUACUACCCUCUGCGCAUGGAGACCAUCCAGGCCCUCAACAUCUUGCUCUCCCAAGGCCCGACUUCGAAGGCCAACCAUGCGGUUGGCGGAGGUAACAAGUUCUACCCCUUCGCUAACCCGGAGCUUGUCCAGGCAGAUCUUGGUCAGGGUCUCCUAGCCUUACGCGGAUUCUACUCCAGCGUUCGAACGGGUGUUCGUCGGAUCAUUGUGAACAUCAACGUCGCCACCGGUGCCUUCUACAAGCCCGGUCCGCUGAUGACUCUCUUGACCGAAUUCAACGGCGGGCCUCCGAAAGAUGCCCUACAGUCCGCUCGGAUUGCGGCGUUUGCGAAGAAGUUGCGCAUCAAGACGCGAUACCUUAUUGACCUUGAUGUGAACGGGAAGCCAAAGAAGGACAAGAAUGGGCCCGUUCGCAAGGAAAAGAUUCACACCAUUGCCGAGAUGUCCGCGCGAGGUCAAAACGCCACAAAUACUCAUUUCGACUACACCAACCCUUCCGGUGCCACCCAACGUUUGACCGUGGCCGCCUACUUUCAACAGGUGCACCAGAUCACGCUGAAAACUCCCGCGUUUCCGUUGGUAAACACGGGCACGAGGACUGACCCGUCGUGGAUCCCAGCGGAACUUUGUGAGGUUCUCCCAGGCCAACAAGCCAAAAGGCUACUGCUUCCGAACCAAACUCGAUCAAUGAUUGAGUUUGCAGCACGCAGCCCCGAUAAGAACGCCGUGUCCAUUAUUCAGUCCGGCCUCAACGUGGUCGGUAUCAAUCCGGUAUCCCAAGGUAUCAACACCUCUUUGCAGAAGUACGGCAUCAAGGUGAGCGCCUCUAUGCUCACCGUCGACGGCCGCAUCCUUCAGCCUCCCGCCCUUCAGUACAGCAAAACCACCAAUGCUGUUAGGCCACGUGACGGGAAGUGGAACUUGGCGGACGGAAUCAAGCCUCGUCCAUUCUUCCAAGGCGUAAGUAUUCCCUCUUGGAGCUGUCUCGUUAUCAACGAGGGAACGCGGGACACGAUAUACGGGGGCGCCGCGGCCCUUAAUCGGUACUUGAUCGACUUCUCGGAAACCUUGGGCCGAUAUGGAGUCAAACUCGGCAAAGCAACGGCCCCAGUGAUUGCUUCUGUCAGCGGUCAGGACCUAAAUUCACGCAAUGGGAAGGCUGUUACGGACAUUCUCAACACAACACUCAGGAAGUUGCCCGCAAAGCCGGCGUUUCUGUUCGUUCUUCUGCCGAGCGACAACGCCUUUUUGUACGACUGCGUCAAGUACCUAUGCGACAUCACGCUGGGCGUCCCCUCCGUGUGCAACAUCGGCCAGAAGUUCUCCAAAGAGAAGGGACAGGCCCAAUACUUCGCCAACGUCGCGUUGAAAUUCAACUUGAAGAAGGGUGGCGUGAACCACUACGUGUCGGACGCGGAAAUGAAGCCUCUUGACGCCAGAACGAUUGUUUUUGGCAUUGACGUCACCCACCCUUCGCCUGGUAGUUCCGAAUCUUCACCAUCCAUCGCCGGCGUCGUGGCCUCUUCCGAUACAAAAUUCACCCAAUACCCGGCCAGUAUCCGCACGCAGCGUGGUCGACAGGAAAUGGUCUCCGACCUGGAGGAAAUGAUCACGGAACGGUUGAAGCUUUGGUCUUCAAAGAACAAAGGUCUACCCGACAAGGUGAUCGUGUACCGAGACGGCGUGUCGGAGGGCCAGUACGCGAUCGUGCUGGAGAAAGAGUACCCGGCUUUCGUGGCUAGUUUCAACAAAUUGUACGGCGCGACGUCGAAACAUCCAAAAGUUUCGAUCAUUGUGGUCGGGAAGCGUCACCACACCCGCUUCUAUCCCACAACGGCUGCGGACGCUGACGGUCGAACUGGCAAUUGUUCGCCCGGAACCGUGGUCGACCGAGGCGUCACUGGCGAGCGCUUGUUCGACUUCUUCCUCGUAGCACACCAAGGCCUCCAAGGCACGUCGAAGCCGGCCCAUUACGUCGUCAUAAAAGACGACAACAAGCUCGGAGCGGACCAAUUGCAGCGACUUACCCACAACCUCUGCUACACCUUCGGCCGCGCAACUCGCUCUGUGAGCGUCUGCCCUCCCGCUUAUUAUGCCGACAUUCUGUGCGAGAGAGGCCGCUCCUACCUGCACAACGUGCUGAAGGGAGACGGUUCGGCCGCUUUUACCAACUUUUCUUGGCACCGCGAUGUGCACCCAGCGCUUAAAGACUCCAUGUUUUACUUGUAAGCGUUUGAGAAGCGAAAGCGUAGGUGCUUCUAGUGCUUUUUCGACUGCAAGCAGCGUGAGCGUGAGCGACAGCGCGCGAUUUCCCGGUCCUUUUCGUGCUUUCUUGCUCAUUCUAUGGAGCUUUUGGUGGCCUCUUCGGGCUGAAUUUGCGGUAAAAGCGGGCGAUGGGUGCUUCUUUCUUGGAGAUUAUGCUUCUAAAGGGGGAUGGGGAGCGGUCUUUUCUGAUAGUAUUUGCGACUAAAACUAGACUAAGAGGGGUCCUUUAUAGUAGUCUUUGCGACGAAAGCGACUCAAUGGGUAGACCUUUCUAGUCUAUAUAGCGACGGAAUUAACGAAUCAUGACUUCACAC